GGCUAAAAGAGAAGAAAAAAUAAAUAACAGAACCGAAGUGUAGCUCUACAAGCUGCAGUGCUCCGACAAACAGCAUCGCAAAUUAACAAACGAGGCUGAUAAUGACGUCAAUGUUGUGCCCGAACGCGCGCUGGUUGGUGCACUCGCGAAUGUUUCUGACCGCCGCUCUGUGUUGGAGCGGGGAGAGCGAGUUUUCUACUGCAGCAUCACUCACUUCAAAUAGCGCACCCAAACUGUGAGGAUACCACCUCAUCCGAAGCGAACCCAUUGGAGUUACAAUCACCUGCGAGGCUGCGACUGCGCUUUCUCUGAAGCAGACAAGGACCGAACGAAAUAAUUUAUUUGAUUUAUCUUUUCUCUCAGCUACGAAAGGGAAUGCCAUCAAUAAAUAUGAAACUGGAGAUGGUGACCAUCAUCGCCUGCGAGGUAGACACAGAGGUGUUUACGUCCGACAAGCUGCAGGAGAGGUUCGAGGCCCUGUUCAGGAUCUAUGACGAGCAGACGUCCUUCCAGAUGUUCAAGAGCUUCAGGCGAGUCCGCAUCAGUUUCAGCACUCCGGAAGCGGCCGCCCGCGCUCGCAUCGAGCUCCAUGAGACUGAGUUCAACGGCAAGCAGCUCAAGCUCUACUUUGCCCAGAUUCAGAAUUCUGGGGAGGAUAUAGACAAGUCGUACCUGGCUCCUCCUGCGCCCGUCAAACAGUUCCUCAUCUCUCCCCCUGCCUCGCCACCCGUGGGCUGGAGCCAGAGCGAAGACGCAACGCCUGUUAUCAACUAUGACCUGCUGUGCGCGGUGGCCAAGCUGGGCCCAGGGGAGAAGUAUGAACUGCAUGCGGGCACUGAGUCAACCCCCAGCGUUGUGGUGCAUGUGUGCGACAGCGAUGCAGAGGAUGACGACGAAGCGCGGCCCAAGCAGAAACAGCAGAUCGUCCAAACCCGGCGCCCAGACGGCCCGUCGCAAGUCCUGAACUAGGACGCCCGUUACGGACCCCACUCCUACGACCCCAACACACACAUGCACCAAGCCCUGUCUUCUCUGUCUCAGGAGUCGCACAGCAAGACAACGCCCCUCAUUUCAGUUCAACCCAAAACACACAAACAGCAGACAGUUGGUGGUGUUUGUGGAGGGAGCAUGGCUAUUGGAUGGGAUGAGGCGGCCUGGCCUGUAUGGACGAUGGAGGAUGGAUGAGAUUUACACACACUCAUCACACUCAAAGGAAAGGGAGGGAGGGGUGAGGGUGCCUAACUCUUGACCCCUGACCUCGGAUCAGCCAGGGGCAGUAAUGUAACAACUUGUCCUCCUAAAGCAGGCCCCCUGUCAUAGAUUAUACACUCAGCUCUCAUCUGUAGUAGUUCUUCUGUAGUAGUUCUUAUUUCCUUCCUGCUUACUGUCGCUGGUUAGUUGUGUCACGCAGUGGUCUUUCGGGGACAUGCUAUACCUCUAAUGAGGUUUUGAGUUUUUUUUAUAUACAUUUGUUCUUCUGAUUGUUUGUCUGUUCUUCUUCUGCUAUUUAUGAUAUCAGCUGAUUGGUUGUUUCUGCUAACACAGAAUGGGGAUUGGUUGUCUGGUAUUCCUCUUCUUGUCUUCAUGUAUAUAUAAGAACAUACUCCUACAGAGACUCAAACACUAAACUGUUAUAUAAAGCAAAGGAACCUAUGGAGGUCACUCUAAUUAGCAACAGGUGGCCAUGUGGUAACAUCAAAGUUGUGGUGGUGUUUGCAUUUGAUUUCAUUUUGGGGGAGGGUUCUGCUUAUGUCCUUUUAAUCAGAGAGGUGUCUAUUGAAGUGUUGCUGAACUAGCUGUGCAUUCUUCUUAACAUGUAUUUGAUACCACAAACAAUUGUUUUUUUGCAUGCUUACUAACAUAGCCGGGAGCUGAGGCAUUUUAUACUGGUCAAGAUGACAGGGAAAUGGAAUGAAGCUUUUGACGACACGCAUAUCUCUAGUUUUAUUGUUUCAGGUGAGAGGGGAGAGGCUGGCUGGGUGAGUAAAAAGACAGAGUGAAUGAGACCUUUACAGUGUGAGUAAAAGCCUAAGAGUUGGGCUUUAGGAUAGGAGUAAAAGCUAAGAGUUGGGCUUUAGGAUAGGAGUAAAAGCCUAAGAUUUGAGCUUUAGGAUAGAAGUAAAGCCUAAGAGUUGGGCUUUAGAGUAGAAGCAAAAACUAAGAGUUGAGCUUUAGAGUUGAAGUAAAGGCUAAGAGUUGGGCUUUAGAGUAGAAGUAAAGGCUAAGACUAAUCUCCUACAGGAGUGUUGACAUUUUCAGAGGGCAUUUAUUUUUAUUCCAUCUUUCCGGUAAUGUUUUGGGGUCUUUUUAUGAUAUCAACACAGCUUUCUUCUUCUCAGACCUAUAUGGCUUGUUUUACACUGAAAAUCUCUCAAUCUGUCAGCUCUUAAAAUGUAAGACUGCUUCUUAGUUCUUGCUGUAAAUAGCUCAAUAGUCAUUAGGUGGAAAUAGUCCAUUAGGUUUAAAUGAUUGACAUUAAGCGUUGGUGAGAAAUUGAAAAAGUUUCAUUUGCCACCCAGCCUCUGGAGAUAUCAAACAAAGCCUUCAUCUCACCUUGCUGUCACAGCACAAACCUUUGGAAACUCAAGAAACUAAAGAGAAAGUAAAAAAAUAUAUGUUAUUAAAAAUUUGUUUUAUUGUCACAUGAAAUGUGUUUUACAGGGUCAGUCAUAGUAGUACAGCGCCCCUAGAGCAAAUUACUCUAAUUUGGAAUACUGCUGCAUUAACAGUUGUUACUUUGCUCACAGCAACUCCCAAAUAAAAUUUAUAAUUAAUUAAUUUACUGUGCUUUUAGUCAUUCAUUUGAAUCCUAUCCUAAAUAUCUCAGGAGUAAAUUUAAGAGUAACUUUUACCAGAAUGAUAGAUGUUUCUCCUGACCAUGCACUUUGAAUAACAACAAGCAUAAAAUGUCAACUAUAAUGUAAUGUGUCUGUUAUUGGUCUGUCUGCAUGCGAGCACUUUAUUGUCAGCAGUCUUUUUUCUUCUCACUGUAAUGGCAGUCUUUUUUCUUCUCACUGUAAAGGCAGUCUUUUUUCUUCUCACUGUAAAGGCAGUCUUUUUUCUUCUCGCUGUAAAGGCAGUCUUUUUUUCUUCUCGCUGUAGAGGCAGUCUUUUUUCUUCUCGCUGUAAAGGCAGUCUUUUUUUCUCGCUGUAAAGGCAGUCUUUUUUCUUCUCCCUGUAAAGGCAGUCUUUUUUCUUCUCAUUGUAGAGGCAGUCUUGCUAGAGAGAAUGUUCUGUAUUUCUUUUGUUAUUUUUUUAAUCUUCUGUUUUUCAAGAUGAACACCUGGGUAGCCUUCUCACUAGCAGAGCAGUGUGAGUUUAACACUCAAUAUCUCUUGUUACUGGGGUUUUGAAGGCUCGGAGGCCUUUGGAUAUAUGUGCAGGAGUGUACUACUGAAUAGGUGUGGUAGGAAGAACAGGAAAAUGUGUCUUUUGAGAUGAUGGUUGGUUGCAACCACAGAACAAAUGUGUGUUUUUGUUUUUUGUCCCUGGAACAUAAUUUCAAGUGCAAGCUUUGUCCUUUCAGAGGUGACUUCUAAAAACCAAGCAGCCAGCGAGUGUUGAAACACAAUGCAAUGGCACAGAAUCUUUCUAGUUGUGCUGACUGGUGAUAAUAUUGCUGAUUGAUGACUAAGAAAAUAAUUAUGUUGAUGAGGCUGAUCUGAUGUUUUCUACCGACUGCUGUCUCUGAAACUGGGAGCGUUUUGGGUCACAGGCGAAACGAGAAACAUUUAUAGUCAUGUUGUUGCCGAAGCCAGUUCCAGUAUGCGGCUCAAAAAAUGUUGGCUUCUAAUUUUAUGUUGAUGUAAAGAUAAAUAAAUAAAAAGUUCUGAAAUGCUCGAUCAAAUCAAUUCUUAUUGUGUCGUGUUAAAAAUGGACUCAAUGUUGUUGUUUUUGGAACGUCUACAAAGCAAAACGGUUAAUACUGUCCGUUACUGUUGUAUACUGUUCUGUUGAAAUCUGAAUAUUAUGUCUAGUACUGUAGUUAUCCAGAACACGAAGUAGCAAUCAAGCAAUAAUUUACAGUUAUAUACAGGUAUCUGUAUUUUAUGUUGUGUACUAAUUUCCAGAGUUUGUUGUCUCUGACUGUUACAACAGUACUUGCUUAUAUUUUUGUGGUAUGAUGGUCAUUCGUUUCACGUGAGAAAUACAUAAAGAACUAUUCUUAAAGA